CAGGAAGUAACACAGUAUAGAACAACAGUGCUUCUACAAGAUUAGAGAAAAUGAGUGUCACCUUAGAUUUAAGGCUUAAACGAGCGAACAAAGUGUAUCAUGAGGGGGAGAUCUUGGCUGGAGUGGUGGUUAUAACGGGAAAGGAAGCUGUGCAACAUCAGGGUAUCACUCUGACCAUGGAGGGUCUUGUUAAUCUACAGCUCAGCUCCAAGAGUGUCGGGGUCUUCGAGGCUUUUUACAACUCAGUCAAGCCCAUUCAGCUGAUCAGCAGUAACAUUGAAGUGGCCAAACCAGGCAAGGUGCCAGGAGGCAAAACCGAAAUCCCCUUUGAGUUUCCGCUGCAAGCAAAAGGAAAUAAAGUGCUGUACGAGACUUACCAUGGUGUUUUUGUCAACAUUCAGUACACUCUUCGUUGUGAUAUGAAGCGCCCUCUUCUGGCAAAAGACCUGAGCAAGACCUGUGAAUUCAUGGUCCAUUGUCAGCCACAGAAAUCCAAAGUGCAGCCGACUCCCGUUGAUUUCACCAUCACGCCAGAGAUGUUGCAGAAUGUGAGGGAGGGUUCCGUUCCGAAGUUCCUGAUCAGUGGCCACCUCGACGCCACUAACUGUGUGAUCUCACAGCCGCUCACGGGGGAGCUGGUGGUGGAGAGUUCAGAGGUCACCAUCAAAAGCAUCGAGCUGCAGCUAGUGCGAGUUGAGACAUGCGGCUGCGCUGAAGGCUACGCCAGAGAUGCGACAGAGAUUCAGAACAUCCAGAUAGCAGAGGGAGACGUGUGUCAUGGCCUCCCCAUCCCUAUAUACAUGGUCUUCCCCAGACUGUUCACAUGCCCAACACUCGAAACCACAAACUUCAAAGUUGAGUUUGAGGUGAACGUGGUGAUUGUUUUUCACGAUGAUCAUUUAAUAACAGAGAACUUCCCGUUGAAGCUGUGCCGGGUAUGAUAUCAGAGGCUGCAGAUUCACUGAUGUUUCCUGGAAGUCUUUGGGAGUGGCCUACUAACUGUUUAAGUGCCAGUCGGGAACAAGCAGGAAGGCUUGUGUUACACAGCUACUGUCUGACCUAAUUAUUACAUACACGAACAGACAUUUACUGAUUUUCUUUUUUUAAAUCUUGAAAUCAGUGUCAAAGCUAGUGAGCUUGUUCCUUUUUUUUUUACGUCUUGGUUAUUCAUUUUGCUCAGUGCUCAUCUUUACAUUUUAAACACAUAGAACUGCUUUUCAGAUUCCCCCAUCAUUAUAGCACUUAAUGUAAAAGCUGUGAGCAUUAAUUAGCGAUCAGAUAUUCAUUUACAUUCUACAUGACAAGAAUAAAAAGAGUGUGACCUUUAUGUGCUACUUUGUGUCCCUUGUAUAAAUCAUGAAGUGAAUGAAUAAAUCAGUUCUAACGUUAUUUGCAGAAAAUA